CAAUCAAAAGCUACCAAAAAUUCACCGUAUCAGAAUCAAGCGACCACCAAGAAUUCAGAACAGCAUACUGCCAUAUUUGAACAACUCGGAACCCGAGGGCAACCGGACCAAGACAUGAUCCAAUGAACGGACGCCCCGCUUAUGGAAUGUUCAGUCCUUAGUCAGCCUUGACAAUCAACCGCGCGCUGCACGAAGCCUGAGUUCUUGGCAGCAGCAGCCAGUAAGCCAGAAUCCACCCUGACCACCAUCGUCGACAUUGCUUACAGUCCCUUCGGCGCAUAUCAACAAGACUCAAAACGUCGCGUGUGCAACAUGGCAAACCCGGCGUCCACGACAGGUCGUCGGCUCCCGAAGGUGCACACGGCCUCCCAUCCGAUCUGCCCCUUUGCGCGGGUUCCUGCAUCGGCUGCAUGCUCUUUGCUCAUCCUGGCCUGCCGAAACCUUUCCAUCGGGCGGGAUGCACAUGGAUGAUGGGAUGGAUCCGGCAUCAUCAAACCCUUCCAGGCCUCGAGCAAUUGGGUGUCCGUCCAGCCGACACGACAUCGCAUGUAUGUUUGACCAAGAACGUUUCUGUACUCGAGUCGCGGUCCCGUUCUCUUGUGCCUGAGUGAGAGUGCCUUUGGGUCAAAUCAACAUAGAGCGGCAAACACGCUAGCCGUGUCAGGAUGACUUGGGUUUGGGCCCCCGUCCGCGAAACACAGACGUUGGCGUUUGGCGUUGGCUGGCGUUCGUCGCGUUACGAUGCAUCAUGAUCAUGGAUGUGCUGUCAAUUCCCGUCCAGGCAGAACGCGGCUCUCGCCAGCCAAACUCCAGACGGCCGGAAUGCUAUGCCAACAGCCCGUGCGAGUGACGCGGGAACCAUUGGCCGACACGCUCCCGUUGUUGCUGCAAGCCUGCAGGACGCUACGCACCGUAACUGGAUGACAGUCAUCGUAUGCGAUGCUCUUCCCGGACCGACAUAGUCGGUUCACUGCCUUUGUUUACCCUCCGACUGUAUCCACCAGAGUAGCACGAUGAAGCUAACCUAGUGGUUGUCGUCGAUUUGUUUCUUGUUGUGGCCAACACGCUGCCCUCAUCCAGUGGAUGUGCCCUCCCCCCUGCCACAUGCGCCUGGGAUACGAAAACAUCGCCAACUGGCUACACUCUUACUUUUACUCUCACUCUUAUUCUCAUUCUCACUGUUUUACUCCCUUAUUCGUGGUAUAAGAAGAUCAAGUGACUUCUUUCGUCUCACUGCAUCUCCCCUACUUUCUAAACAACACAAUCUGCAAGCAUCAUACAACAAACACACCAUUCAUUUAGAGGUCCUCGACAAUAUCGACUAUUCAGAAGAUCACCACGAAGCGAUACCCUAUCUCGCCUACCGUCACUCAACAACGUUUAUUUAUACUUCGUACACUUUCGCUCACCCACAUCAACUCGACUUCAUCAACGUAUCACUGCCAUCACUGCACUCCCUCGAGCAUCUCGACUUACACACAUUCUUGAAAAUGGACAACACAAACGUCAUCGCCUGGCUGCUCCCUUCCACCACCAACCAGCCCGCUCUCGAAGCCAUCCGUAUGCCCCAAAAUAAUACCAGAAGGGUCGACACGAUCCCCUCAUCCUACGAGCCCGUCGUCCAGACACCAAACCCUGACGCCGCCGCGCCCUCAACGCCCACCAUCGACCCCUCUGUCCUCACCCAGACCUCGCCCUCCUCAUCGCCACCCCAACCCAGACCCCGCCCGGCCAUCGAGCUGUCCUUCACCAACCCCCCCAAGAACCAUCUCGGAUUCGUCCUCGGCACCGACCCGGACGCCUGCGACGUCGUCCUCCCCCCACUCCCGGGCAUCAGCCCCGUCCACUGCCACCUCACCUUUGACGCCGAGAAGCGUCUCGUCCUUCGCGACACCUCUGACGCCGGCACCGCUGUCUGGUACGACGCCGACAGCAAUGGAGACCGUCGCCGCGAGUCCUGGCUGCUGAGUAGCGGCUGCACAUAUGGCUUCCCCUCCAUGGUCGACCGCGUCGUCAUCGACAUCCAGACCGUGCGCUUCCACGUUCUCGUCAACGACGCCCACCUCCUAUGGCCCGACGUCUACCAGCAGAACGUCGACGCCUUCAUGUCGAGCCUCGCGAGCGGCGGCACUGUUGCUGAGAAGGCGCCAACGUCGUCGUCGCCGCCCGUCGUGAUGGAUCGAGACGGCGACCUGGACGUGUGCGACUUUUACUACAACUUCGACUUCGAGCUCGGCUUCGACCUGAGCUUCGACUACGACUACGACUUCGACUUUGAUAUGUCGGAUGUCGAGGACAGCGAUGAGAUGGACUUCCUCCCGCCGGUCCCUUCUGUCGUCCCGCCCGUGUACGUAAAGUACCUGCUUACCUCGGACGACGGCAUGCCGCCCGAGACGUACCUCUGGAACACGACGCGGCCCUGGGAGCCAAUGGUCAAGGUCGCUUGCUGAG